CAAAGUCUUUUCAAAAAUUAUUUUAUCAAUCACUAUGUUUCCUUCUUUCAAAAAAAAUACUAGAAAGAAAUAUUCACAAACAUCUGAGAUAAAAUAUCCUUCAAUAUCUAUGAAACAAAGAUUUGCAAAAGUAAAGAAGUUGCAAAAUUCAAUGAAGUCAUUAUGUGACAAUGAUUCCAGUUCUCUUGAAGACGUACGACCUUUUUUUCUUAAAUCUAAUUCAUGUGACAAUUCAGUUGAUAAAUCAUCUGAUGAAGAUAAUAUUAAUGAAUCAAAACAUGGGAAAAAAUCUACAUUCUAUACAAUUACUACAGAUGAAAGUGAAAAUGAUUAUCAAAAAACAGAUAAAAUACUUUCAAAAACUAACAAACAUAAAAACAAUGUGAAAGAUAAGAAUAAUUAUGAUAAUAUAAAAAAAAGAAACAGUAAGAAUGAAAAAAUAGAUAAUGAUUCAGAAGAUGAGAUUUAUGAAAAACAUGCUAAAAAGGAAAAAAAAUAUUUAACAUUAAAGUCAAAACAACAUUUCCAUAGAGAAGAUUCUAGCUCUGGUAAAGAAUUCCAAAAAUCAAAAAUUUCCCGUACUGGUUUGAAUGUCACAAAAAAAUUAACUCAAGCUAAAAAAGAUAGUAUAAUUUCUAUUGAAUCAGAUUUAGAAACUAUGAUACAGUCAGAAAAAAAAUUUGAAAUUAGCAAAGAACAAAGUUUAGAGUUAAAAUUUCAUGUUGUUAAAAUUUUUAAUAAAUUUAAGGAAGCUUGUUCGGAAUAUGAAUUACAAAUGGAACAUGUUAAAUGCAAAUACUUCAAAAAAGAAUUAAUAUACCAGAAAUCAAUAAGUAAUGUUAUAAAAAAAACAAAAAACGUGAUCAAUAAUCUUAAAACAGAACUUGAUGCACAAGAAAAAGAAUUAAUAAAUUUUUAUAAAGAAUGGAAUAAAAAAUAUAAAGUACAAAAUUCAGAUCACGAAGAUAAUUCUUUAAAUGAAAUUGAAGUUACAAAAAAGACAGAGGAUAAAGAAGAAUCAGAUACAUCAAAAAGUAGUUCAAAUAUGGCAAGUAUAGUUUCUGAAUGUGACAAUGAAGAAAUAUUUUCUGAUACUGAAACAAAUAUUAUGAAAAUAAACAUUGAUAAAAAUAGAGAAAACGAAGAUACGAUAGUUGCAAAAUUUUCAGAAAAAUCAAAUGAUAGUGAAAACAGUAAUCAUAUUAUAUCUCCUAUUUUAGGCAGUAACAAUAAAAAAGGAAAUAAAACUUCUACAGAUGAUAAUUUGAAAAUAAUUGAUGAAAAUAAAAAGUUUAAAGAAUUUAACAUAUCUUUGAAUGAACACAUCAUAAACGAAUCUGUAGAUGAUAUAUUUAAAGAAAGUAUAAUUGAAAAUAUGGAUGAUAUCGAUUUAAAAGGUGAAUACGAAAAUGAAAAAAAUUUAGAAUCAAAAGAAAAUGAAGAAAAUAGCGAUAAUAAAGAUGAAAAUUCUUUGAGAAAUGAUAAAUUGAAUGUAGAAGUUAAAAGUAAAAAUUUGUGUGCAAUUGAAGUUAAAAAUAUAAAAUCUAAAUCAAUCACUUCUGAAAAAAUUUCAAAAUCUGUUGAAAAAGAAGAAAGUAAUAUUUCAGAUGAAAUUGAUGAUGAAGAACAAGCUAAAAGAGCAAUGCUAGAAUCAGAUUCAGAAACACCUACAAAUGAAGAAUCAUUGGUUGAAAAAUUUAAACAGUCUAGUACAAGUGAUAGUUUUGAAGAAAAAGAUGUAUUUCAAACGAAAAAAAUUAAAUUUGAAAAAAAAGGAAAAAAUAAGAUAUCAAAUAAUACCAGUUGUAAAAAUAAUUCAUCAGAUGAAAAUGAAAUUAUUAAAGAAGAAGCUUGUGCUAAGAAUACUUUACUUGAGUCAAAUUCAGAUGAUUCUACGAGUCCUUAUGACAUAAAAAAAAAUUCAAAUAAAAAAUGCGAUUCUAAUGACGAUAGCGAAAAAUUAAGCUCUGAUAAUGAUAUUAUUUCAGAACAAAUUAAAAACAAAAAUAAAGAUUCUACAAAAGAUGAUUCUAAAGAACAAACAUUUAAAAUAAACUAUAUUGGGUCAGAUAAAAAAUUAAAAAUGCUUUCUCAAGUUAUUAUUGAAAGAUUACCGGAAAAUAUUCUUAAAAAACAUAAAAACGCAUUACAGAAAUCACAACAAUAUUUAGAAAGUAAAGAAUUUAAAAGUUUAAUUGAUUUGGAUAGAUUACAAAAAGAUUAUAAGAAUAAUAUUGAUAUAACACGAAGUUCUUUACCUAAAAAUAUGAUGAAACGUAAAACAAAGGAAAAGGAAGAUUCUUUAUUAGAUCAUUUAAAGAAUAUGAAAGAUGAUGAAUUUGAAAAUACAAGUAAAAAAUCUAAUAUGGAAAAUAAUAAUUUAAUCGCAAAAACAUAUGGUAGUUUUCAAACUAACAAAGAAUUAAUAAUGGAAGCAGAUGCAGCUACAAAGAAAAUACUUUUAUAUUCUUCUGAUUCAGAUAUUGGUGAACAAAAAAUUACUUUUGAAAAUAGUGAAAAUGAAAUAAAAUCAGAAAGUUUAAAAAAAGAUUCAAAAAAAUCAAAUCAGAAAACAGAAAAAAAGAGUGAUGAUAAGGAAAAUGAUGAAGAAUGGAAGAAAAACAAAUGGAGACGAAAUAAAUUAUUAACAAUGAAAUUUUCUUCAGAUUCAGACUCUGAUAUUACAAGGGCAAAAUGGAAUAAAAAACAAGAAGAGUUAUCAGAAAAGAUGGAAGAAACUCAUGUUGAAAAUUUAGCUAUCAAAAACAAAGUUAUGAAACGUGAAAGAAGAAAUCGUAGAAAAAUUAUAGAUUCUGAUUCAGAUAUACAACUUUUAAAUUCUGAUACAAAUAUUAAAUCUUCUGUCACAUCAGAAGAUAAUAAAUCUUCAGAUAGCGAUACUUCAGUAGGAAAGCCAAAAAAAAUGCGUAAACGUAAAACAUAUAAAUCAUCUGAUACAGAUUCCUCAUUUACAGAAAAAAGAUCUAAGCCAAAGAGAAAACGUAUUAAAAACAUGUCCAGUGAUAGUGAUAGUGAUAAUGACCAAAUUAUAAACUCUCAAGGAACACCUGGAAAGAAAGGUCGGAAAAAUAUUCGAAAAGUAAUGAAAGAUAAGCAAGUUACAGAUGAUACUAAACAAGCUGCUAAAGAAGAGGAAGAAAGACUUAAACGUAUUGCUGAGAGACAAAAAUUAUAUAAUGAAAUGUAUGAAGUAAGAUUGGCUGGAGAAGAAAAAGUAGAUAAACUAAUAUUGGAUUUUAAUCCUGAAACAAAAGAAGAAUUGAUAACUGUUCAUAAAGAUCUAGUGAAACGUUUGAAACCUCAUCAAGCCAAGGGAAUAAAGUUUAUGUGGGAUGCAUGUUUUGAAUCACUGGAAAGAAUAAAUUGUUCUCCUGGGUCUGGAUGUAUAAUUGCACAUUGUAUGGGAUUAGGAAAAAGUCUUCAAGUAAUCGCGCUGGCGCAUACACUUUUAACACAUGAAAAAUCUGGCGUUAAAACAAUUAUGAUCGUUUGUCCUUUGAGCACAGUACUUAAUUGGCUCAAUGAAUUUAAAUAUUGGUUAAACGAUAUAGAAAAUGAUAUCGAAAUUUAUGAAAUGACUAAAUUAAAGAAAAAUAUAGAACGGAAGAUUCAAUUAGAAAGUUGGCAAAGAACUGGUGGUAUACUUCUUAUUGGUUAUGAAAUGUUUAGAAAUCUCACUGGUACAAAUAAUAGAAUGAGAAAAAAUAUGAAAGAAGAAAUUUUACGAUACUUAAUAGAUCCUGGUCCGGAUAUGAUAGUUUGUGACGAAGGCCAUUUACUAAAAAACGAAGAUACUGCACUUAGUAAAUCCAUAAAACGGAUUAGAACAUUACGGAGAAUUGUACUUACAGGAACACCACUCCAAAACAAUUUAAUAGAAUAUCAUUGUAUGGUACAAUUUGUAAAGCCAAAUCUUUUAGGUACAAAGAGAGAAUUUUUAAAUAGAUUUGCAAAUCCAAUAACUAAUGGUCAAUUCGAUGAUUCUACUGAAUACGACGUUAAAAUAAUGAAAAAGCGUGCAUAUGUUUUGCAUAAGAUGUUAAAGGGUUGUGUACAAAGAUUUGAUUAUUCUGUAUUAACACCAUUUUUACCACCAAAACAAGAAUAUGUAAUUUUUGUUAGUUUAACAGAAGUGCAAAUUAAUAUGUAUAAAUAUUAUUUGGAUAAUUUUGCAAGGCGAAUACGUAAUGCCAAUGGAUCUCUUUUCGCCGAUUUUCAAGCAUUACAAAGAAUAUGGACUCAUCCUAUAGUUUUACAAUUGAAUGCAGAAAAAAUAGAAAAAAUGAAUGAAAGGAAAUUAGAUUCCAGUGAUUCUGAGGGUUCUCUACGAGAUUUUAUUACUGAUAGAGAAACAGAUUCUAUAAGUAGUAAUAUAAGUACUACUGACGAAGAUGAUGAGGUAAAAAGUAUUGACAAUGUUGUCGGAAAAAAUACAAGACGUAAUUCAAAAAAUAAUAAGUCUGGUAAG